CCAGAGAAGAAGAAGAAAACCAAGAAGAAGCAGCUGGUCAGGUGCCGUUUUAGUCGGCGCUGUGCAUUUGCGCAUGCGUAUUAUGACGCUAAGGCCCUCGGUGCCAUAGCAACCAGAGCAGCAAUAAACUGUCAACAUGGCUAAAUCAACCACAGUGAAAGAAGCACUGGCUAAAUGGGAGGAAAAGUCAGGGGAGAAAGCAAAUGAAGCUAAAGCCAUAAAAUUAUAUUCUCAGAUUCCACCUAUUGAGAAGAUGGAUGCUUCCCUUUCAACACUUACAAACUGCGAAAAGCUGUCUCUGUCUACAAACUGCAUUGAAAAAAUUAGCAAUCUGAAUGGCCUGAAGAACCUCAAAAUAUUGUCAUUAGGAAGAAAUAAUAUAAAGUCACUCAGUGGCCUGGAAGCAGUAGGGGACACAUUAGAAGAGUUGUGGAUUUCCUACAACUUGAUAGAGAAAUUGAAGGGAAUCCAGAGUUUGAAGAACCUAAAAGUCCUCUACAUGUCUAACAACCUGGUCAAAGAAUGGAGUGAGUUUGUGAGGUUAGCUGAAUUACCAUAUCUCACAGACCUGGUCUUUGUUGGAAAUCCUGUGGAAGAAAAGCAUUCAGCUGAGGGAAACUGGAUGGAUGAAGCUAUUAAAAGACUUCCUCUUCUGAAAAAACUAGAUGUUGCAGCUUUCGAAGAAGAAACUACCAUCCUGGCAGUGGGUGACCUCAAAGCUCUCUUGGGAAAGGUGCUGGGGAAACAGGAAAUGGAGGGGACGCUGAGAUCAGCGCAGAUGAAUGCAUAUGCAGGGGAAAGAGAUUCUGGAGGAGCCAGGGCCAAAGGUGAGACCAGGAGAUCUGGUGUACGUCAAGGUGUUCAGGAGAAAGUGGGACCACGCCCGACAAGAAUGUCUGUACAAGGUGGUCAAGGCGACGUUGAGAGCAGUUCAAGUUCAAGGCUCUCCCACCUGGUAUCAUCUGAACCACUGUGUUAAAGUAUCUGAGGGGGAAACAGGGUGAGUUGCCAAAGAAGAGCAAGAUGAUGAAAGGAAAGACAAGGGGAGUGAUCUUAAUCCUCCUGUUGCUUGUAGUGAUGUUGGGCAGGAUGCAGGUGCGCCUCUGCGGCCCAGGGUCCUCCGGAGUCGGAGAACUGUGGAGUGUUAUGAGAGUUAAGAGAGACAAAGAAGGAGUACCAGUACAGGAGUGGCCAGGCCCCCAUGGAUAGGUUUCAAAUGACGCCAGCUGGAUGUACGCCCCGGGGGAGCUGUGGAGCGCUCAACUAUCUAAAAUAGAAUGGGAUGGCGGUAGUGAGUGUACGGGUAUUUUUGAGUAUGUCGACUCCGACCCACAAGGGAUAGGCUACGAUUGUGUGUUAGAUUAUGUAAGAGAGGGAAAUUCCAGUAAUUACGUUUUCUUUCCCAGGGAGUAGGAAGGUGUGUCAUCGGAGUGUAGGAAAGCGAGCGAAAUGGAAGCAAGAUCAGGGAUGUUAAAGUAGCAUUCCGGCCACCUCGAUGCCAUUUGGACCAGGGAGUGCGGGUAACGUAAAUAAAGAUUAUGAAAACGCACCAGGAAACGCUGGUGGCUUCACUGCAGCCUCCUCGAAUAUUGUCUAACGUGCCUUGUUCACUCAGCCCAGCCAAGCCGCCUCUGCCGCCUGCGCCACCUCUGCCUCCCAGGCCUAAGAAUGAGCGAAAGGAUGUGGGGAUCCCAACUUCCUUGGAAACUGGGGGUUUGAAUCAAAUAGCACCGACUUACAGCUUUUCUUUUCUGGUUGGGUACAGAAGGUGACCGCAGGGGCAUCUGCGUGGGCCGGUAGGAUGAUGACCGGGAUGCAAGAAACAUGGUUGGGAACCUGAGAAAGAGGGAGAGCCUGGAAGAAGGGAAGAGACGUUUGAUGGGCGUUCCCAGAAUAGCUGGUAUAGGUGGGUUCAGUUCAAAUCAAUGUUGUGGGAAAUCAAUGGGAAGACUGAUUGUUACAUCUGUGCUAAGGCGCAGCCGGAUAGAUUUUACGGGAUAAACACUGUUUCAGUUGGCAGGAAUGCGAAUAUGCAUUGCGUACUGCAUUGCGAAUAUGCGUUGCUUCUCAAACUGACGCCACUGCAGGCUGUGGACACACGGCUACCUUGUAGAAGAGUUGUUGCUUACCUCAGGAGGUAGGGUAUGUACAUUUAACAGAAGUAUGAUCAUUUGUCGGCCAAUAUGCAGUUUUGUUUGACAGAGAUUUUGGAUUUCACAUUUCAGUAGUUGUAGUAUUCAUAAUCUGAUCUAUAUUAUUGUCUAUAUAUUUACUCUGUAUGCAGUUGGUCAACUUAUUUUGACAUUUUAGUCUGUUGACGGGUAAUUUGAAAUUCUAGUGUUAUGCUGGAUGGAGGUCAUUAUAUGGAGAACCUUGUAAACAUCCCGGUCCUACCGGCCCUCUGAGCAGAAUUUGAGCAGCCAGACAGAAAGGGGGUCAAUAAUGUCAUGCCAAGAUUUAACAAACCAGCACUAUAAAAGCUAAGUUGAAAACAUGUUUGCUCCAAACACCAUUAAAACUGAUUUAACUACCUCUAUAUAUUGUUCACAUUUGUAAAGGUUGUGAGAUACAUAGGAAAUACUGGACAUUUCAUUAAUCUGCUAUUAUAUUCUCUAUACCUUCUGGAGUGGUGUCAAGGAAAACAGCUGCAUCCUCUAUCUGUACAGCAGCUGCACUGCUUCCGAUGUCUUCCAAAAUGCGAAGAAGACCACAAGGAUCCUCAAUCUCCUAGCCAACUGCCCAUGACUGUACCUGUUCCACUCCAGAAACCAUGCUUUCAACAUAACUAUGAAUCCUACCCGUUCAUUUUGUGGUCUGCACAUUGAACUGUGAAGGUAACUUAUCCAGCAUUAUAGUGCUGCUGCAUUGGUUGACAAUAAAGUUGGCUUUGACUAUUGCUGUUUCACUGAAAUAUUUUGUAUGUAUUUACCUAUGAGGGAAAACAGACAAAUGUUUUAUAAUAUUUCCACUUUUAUUGAGGUAUUGCCACAAAAACAAUAAUUUAGGUAUUUCACAGGUGGUCUAAGUCCAACAUUAGGUGCCUUGUCCCUCAGGAAACACUGCCCUGAUCCAGACCAGGGAAGGUGGGAUGACAACUUUGACUCUUUGCCCUAGAAGUCCCCAGCGCCAGCUAACAAGACUUCUAGGCUAGAUACCUGCAACAACAAGUACUGUCAAAUUUAUGAAGAAAAAAACAAUAACUACAUUUCUAUUAGUUAUAUAUUAGCACUUGAUAUAUCAUACACCUGUAAUGGAAAAAUUUUACCUUUGUGCUAUUUCUUAUCCGACACACUCGUCAUGUGCUGGUUAGGUGCAAUACUGAACAUUCUUACACAAACAAAUAAUCUCUUGUGCCCUGUCGUACAUCAAGUCUAAACAUCUGAUGUUCCAUUUGACUGACUAAUAAUUUAUGAUAUAUGUUUGUCUUUUACACCCGGACUCUGGCUCCUUCCUAUCUGACUCCCCACCAGACCCAAGGCUGUUAAAGCGAAUGCAUCUUGUCUUGGAAGCUCGGUGUUCCUUCCUUUGGAUAACAAGACAUGACGAUGCAGAAGUGAGAAGGCAAACAUUCUCACUCACAGCGAGAUAAGGUGGCACAAACAAUUCUAUUGGUGCAGAGAGACAUUCCACCAGAGCCAGAGAAAGGGGUUAAAAGGCAGAGACAACUUGAGGAUCGUGGGCUCUUUGCAUCACACCUUUGUGGUGUAUGCACUGAUCUCCCCAGCUGGUUUUUGGUUUGUUUAUGUGCAUGAUCAACAUUCAUGUUUUUGAUUAGCUUUCCCCAUUCUAUUUAUUUUCCUUUAUUUUUAUAAUAUAUCUCACAAAAGACAACUCUCUCAUCUGCCUCUUCAUGGGAAACCAACACAGCUACAAAUGAGGCCAGGAACAGACAGGACUGGCCACUAGGACACGAACAAGAAUUGCUGGAAAGCGGAAAUGAAUCUACAAAAUCUGGCGGAGGUCUACGGUAAGUACUGGAUGUUAAAUACAUAUCUUGAUUACUGAUUACCAGCAGAAAAAUUAACACUUCUUCAGUUUUUAUUUAUUUUGAAUAACCUUUUUUUAAAUGUAUUCCUGUUUAUGUAUCUCAUUCUUUGCACACUUUGGAUGUAUUUUAAGGUUCAUUUUCUGUUUUAGAUAUAUUUCAUAUUAUUUGUUAAAUCUUCUGUCCAAUUAUUUGGAAUGCAUUGAAGUUUGAGAGGUUUAUUUUUCAUUGUGUAAUUAUUUUUAUGCAAAUGGUAUAUUUUUUGUUUGAAUCUAGCUGCAGGAGUUACAAGCCAGUGACUUCUUUGCUGUUCCAAAGCACGGAUAAAUAGACAAAAAGCCUGCCAAAACAACCAUGCAACUCAUUUGCUGUGGUUACCCCCGACGGGAAAAAGCUGAAAGGAGUUACCUUUUACUUAGGUGUAUUUUAAGGUUUUGAUAUAUUUCAUAUGAUAUGUUAAAUAUUUAUUCUUUCCAAUUUCAUGCACUGUUUUGAAAUUUUAUUUUAUUUAUUUAUUUAUUUAUUUAUUUAUAUAUUUACAUUGGCAGAUGCUAGUAAAAAAACUAAGUAUUGAACUUUGAAAGGUUUCCUUUUAAUUAUGUAAAAUCUUUUAAUGAGAAUACCACUUUGGGUGUAUUUUCAGGUACCUUUUCUGUUUUACAUAUAUUUCAUAUUAUUUGAUAAAUCCUUCGUCUUUCCUAUUGUGUGCAAUGGUUUUAAAAUUUAUUUUGUACAGUGCCUAGAAAAAAACAAAAAAGUACUGAACUCUGAAAGGAAACAGAAAAUACGGUACUGUAUGAUAUGUUCUAUUUCCUAUGUGGGUUACAAUUUAAUGCAGCCUACAAAUUUUAAAUCUUUUCUUCUCGUCUUAGGUUCUUCUUACCUCCGUAUGAAAACAGCUGACUGGAGAACUAAAUAUUGUGGAUCCUCUGACUAGUGAUCAGGCUUGUUGCUACAAGAAAACUAAAAACUGCAUAUAAUUCAUCCCUUGGUCAUUUUAGACUAUUAGUAACAACUCUGUGCAGCAUCAGGCUCCACCUAGACAUGUUUUAGACUUUUAAAACAAAUUGGUUGAUACAACUUUGAUGAUAAUUGUCAUCAAUUAUAAGAUAAGUCAUACUUUACUGAUCUCUUUGGAGAAAUUGUUUUCUCUGCAUUUGACCCAUACACACACAAGGAGUAGUAGCGAGCAGCUCCCACACAUGGGGCGCUCUGGGACUUGGUGUGAAGUGUCUUGCUCAAGGACACACCUGGUGGAAUGAACAGGUGACCUCCUGCUUCUCAGACUAAGACAUUACAUAAUAAUAUAAAAAUAGAAAAUUAGAAAAUACCAAUAAUUUGUGUUCAUUUUUGUAUACCAGUAGAUACUGUAGGUAGACAACACAUAUUAAAGUUCAAAAGGUUUUUAUUUUAAUAUGUGAUGUUUUAUGAUUUGAUGUUUUCCUAUAGGGGAAGUUGCAGUGGGAAGGUCCCGGGUAUGAUUUCCGGAGGCGAACGGGGUGCCUUUCUGUGUGGAGUUGGCAUUUUCUCCGUGUUUGCAUGGGUUCUCUCUGGGUUCUCCAGUUUCCUCCCACAGUCCAAAAACAUGCAUUAGGUUUAUUGGUCACUCUACAUAGGUGUGUAUGUGUGUGAAUGGUGGUUUGUCUAUGUGUUACCCUGUGAUGGACUGGUGACCUGUCCAUUGUGUACCCCGCCUCUCGCCCAUAGCCAGCUGGGAAUAGGCUCCAGCCUCCCGUGACCCCACGUACGGGAUUGGGCGGAAUAGAAGAUGGAUGGAUGCUUUCCUAUGCUCCUUUUAUUUUAUGCUAGAUUUAUUUUAUUAUAUACUGAUAUUUAGUUUUCUUUAACCAAGCAACAGUUGUAAAUUAAUUAUCUUUUGAUUAUUUAUUAUCGUAAUCAUUAUUAUCAUCAUUAUCUUUUUUUUCUGACGAUAAUUUUGAAAUAAAAAAGUGAAUUGUA